GGAGUCAGCAGAACAGGCAGCAUCAGCACAGCCUGUGCGGACCCUCCAUGGACCAGAGCGGACAGGACAGACGGUCAGAGACACACGGACAGAGGACAGGCUCUGACACAGAGAGGGGGAUGAGAGAGGGGGCCGGCUGCCUCAGGACCACUGCAGCGCCUCUAAAUCUGCAGCUGUCACACUGAACUCCGCGCAGAGAGAGGGAGAGAGAGAGGGAGAGAGGAGCACGGGGAGGUAAAGUGAUGUGAAGAGCCCGCAUGGACAGCAGGAUGGGAGCACCACCAGCACCUUCGACCACAUGUCAAAGUUUACACCGAGGAAAAGUGUUUUUGGACCAGAAGGAGUGAAAACAGGACACUCCAGAGAUGUGUCACCUCUAACAGGAGCAGGCUUUGGUGCAGCUGAAGUCUUGUAGAGCUGUCUUCACCGGCCCGUCUCUGUAUGCCCCACUGCUCGGCAGUUCAACACACUCAUGGUGGAUGCCAAGGCGAGGAACAUGAAAUGUCUGACUUUCUUUUUAAUGCUACCAGAGUCUGUCAAGAGCAAGUCCAGUAAAAGCUCCAAAAAAGGGAACUCCAGCGGCAGCUCCAAGCUGCCCCCUGUGUGUUAUGAGAUCAUCACUCUGAGGAGCAAGAAGAAGAAGAAGAUGGCAGCCGAUAUCUUUCCAACAAAAAAGUCCUCCUCCACUACCACCGUGCAGCAGUACCAGCAGCAGAACCUCAACAACAACAACACCAUACACAACUGCAACUGGCAGGGACUGUACUCUACUAUCCGGGAGAGAAACUCGGUAAUGUUCAACAAUGAGCUGAUGGCAGAUGUUCACUUUGUGGUGGGUCAACCUGGAAGAACGCAGCGACUCCCUGGGCACAGAUAUGUUUUGGCUGUGGGCAGCUCAGUGUUUCAUGCCAUGUUUUAUGGAGAGCUGGCUGAAAACGAGGAUGAAAUCCGUAUUCCAGAUGUGGAACCAGCAGCUUUCCUGGCCAUGCUAAAGUAUAUUUACUGUGAUGAGAUCGACCUGAGCGCAGACACAGUACUGGCCACGCUGUAUGCUGCUAAGAAGUACAUCGUGCCUCACCUGGCGCGCUCCUGUGUCAACUUCCUGGAGACCAGCCUGAGUGCGAAGAACGCGUGUGUUCUUUUGUCUCAGAGCUGUCUGUUUGAGGAGCCCGAGCUGACACAGAGGUGUUGGGAGGUGAUCGAUGCUCAGGCCGAGUUGGCUCUGCGCUCAGAGGGCUUCUGUGACAUAGACUCCCAGACUCUGGAGAGCAUCCUGCAGCGAGAGACGCUCAAUGCCAAAGAGAUCGUGGUGUUUGAGGCGGCGCUCAGCUGGGCUGAGGCUGAGUGCCAGAGACAGGAGAUCACCUCCUCCACAGACAACAAGCGCAAGGUACUGGGCAAGGCCAUGUACCUGAUCCGAGUGCCUGCCAUGGCUCUGGACGACUUUGCCAACAGUGCGGCACAGUCGGGUGUGUUGACUCUUAAUGAGACCAAUGACAUCUUCCUGUGGUACACCGCAGCCAAGAAGCCAGAGCUGCAGUUUGUGAGUCAGCCACGGAAAGGCCUGGCGCCUCAGCGCUGUCACAGGUUUCAGUCGUGUGCUUACAGGAGCAACCAAUGGAGGUACCGCGGCCGAUGUGACAGCAUACAGUUUGCUGUGGACAAGAGAGUGUUCAUUGCGGGCUUUGGGUUGUACGGCUCGAGCUGUGGAUCAGCCGAGUACAGCGCAAAGAUCGAACUGAAGCGGCAGGGAGUUCUUUUGGGACAAAACCUCAGUAAAUACUUCUCGGAUGGCUCCAGUAACACGUUUCCUGUCUGGUUUGAGUAUCCUGUUCAGAUAGAGCCGGACACCUUCUACACAGCCAGUGUGGUGCUGGACGGGAACGAGCUGAGUUACUUUGGGCAGGAGGGCAUGACAGAGGUGCAGUGUGGGAAGGUCACGUUCCAGUUUCAGUGCUCCUCGGACAGCACUAACGGGACGGGGGUACAGGGCGGACAGAUCCCAGAGCUCAUAUUCUAUGCCUGACAACUACUGUAAAGUGUACAGGUGUCAAUGCACUCUUAAAAGAUAUACUGGAUAUACUGCAUAUUGUCACUUUGUUCUUUGAUUUGUGUCACCGAUGUGAAGUGAAGUUCAAAACUGCUCCAAAAGGGGCUUCAUGUAUGUGCUUUUUGUAAAUUGUCCAUUUGAGGGACGACAGAAUAUUUUAUUGAAACAUAUCAAAUGACAAAAGAAAACAUAAACAAUUGUACAAAAUGUGCAUGUAAAUAGAUAUGUAAAUAUGAAAUGUACAGUAUAUGAACUAAUGUUGUGGCCAGAGCAGGCCACUCAGAUAUCUACUCUAUAUAAUGAAUAUGCUUCAGUAUGUUUAUGAUUUCUAUGCUCGCAUAGAAUGCACAUAUAGCAGCAAUACUUCUAUUAAGUAUUUUCUUUAGAUUUGGUUUAGGUUAUCAGGAACGCCAGCAUACACUGAGCUCAUGAAGAAUCACAUGGUUUAUUUACUGUACACUACAUAAGACGUUACAGAUAAAGUCAAACCAGUGGCUUGUUUUAGACUUGAAUAGUGAUAAUGCACUUAGACAGAGUGGGGUUUUAGAUAAGAGCACUGCAUAUACUGAGGCACAUCCCCCUGUACUCUGACUAGAACUACACCAGUCCUUAGAUACUUAGUUACAUCUAUUGUUUACAAAGGCUUCAAGUGACCAUGUGUACAGUCUGUUUAAAGUUUGCUUUGUACUCAGAGCAUGAGCUGCCCAAUGUUCAUGUGCAUCAUUGAUUUUUCAGGCACUGGUUUUGUUUACACUGAAGGUCGUGUGCCCUGUUUAUAAGACAUGGGGACUCUUACCCACUGAGCACUAGCAUUAAUGUAAGUGGUUUCACACACCACUUUUUUUCUUUCUUUUUUUUUUUUUAUGAGAACAAUCUUUUAAUUUCUAUUAUCAUAAUUAAAGAGUUCAAUUGCAAAAAUAGAUCUGUUUUUAAAAAAUUUGCAAAAAGUAUGUUUUGUAUUGUGGAUUUUAUCAAGGAGGGAUGGAAUAAUAUUUAGACUGAAGUAAAAUACAUUUGGCUUUUGAAAACAUGUGUCUACAACAAGUAAACCGCAAGCCUCCUAUCACUUUUUAAAAUGGCACUUAUCUGUUUUUGCAAAUAAACUCUAUCUGGUCCACAGGCCAACGAUGGAUGGACAACUGGUAUUAAAGUCUUGUGUUUACUUGAUCAUUUACUGGGAGACCAACGAAUGUGUAUGAUUGUCAAUGAUGCAAAUAAAAAAAACAACUUGU